GGGGCUUGGGUGCGUUCGCUGGUGCCGAAGCGAGGAGCGCAGCGCCCGUCCGUCCGUCCCGUCCCGUCCCGACCCUGUGCGCCCCGUCCAGCCCGGUCCCGGUCGCGGUCCCGCUCUCUCGCCGCCCGCUGUCGCGCCUCGCUCCGCCGCCAGGAUGUCUCGGCCGCUCUCGGACUUCGAGAAGAGGAAGCAGAUCAGCGUGCGCGGCUUGGCCGGCGUGGAGAACGUCUCAGACCUGAAGCAGAACUUCAACCGGCACCUCCACUUCACGCUGGUGAAGGACCGCAACGUGGCCACGCCGCGCGACUACUACUUCGCCCUGGCGCACACCGUUCGCGACCACCUCGUCGGCCGCUGGAUCCGCACCCAGCAGCACUACUACGAGAAGGAUCCCAAGCGUAUCUAUUACCUCUCUCUGGAGUUCUACAUGGGGCGCACUUUGCAGAACACCAUGGUCAACCUGGCUUUACAGAAUGCCUGCGAUGAAGCUACUUACCAGCUGGGCCUGGACAUGGAGGAGCUGCAGGAGAUUGAGGAGGAUGCUGGCCUGGGCAACGGGGGGCUCGGGCGCCUGGCAGCCUGCUUCCUGGACUCCAUGGCGACACUUGGUCUGGCUGCCUACGGAUACGGGAUCCGCUACGAGUUUGGGAUCUUCAACCAGAAAAUCUGUGGGGGCUGGCAGUUGGAGGAGGCAGAUGACUGGCUCCGGUAUGGCAACCCCUGGGAGAAGGCGCGCCCUGAGUACAUGAUCCCUGUGCACUUCUACGGCCAUGUGCAGCACGGCCAGGACAGCGUGAAGUGGGCGGACACCCAGGUGGUCCUUGCCCUCCCCUAUGACACGCCUGUCCCUGGGUAUCGCAACAACACAGUCAACACCAUGCGGCUGUGGUCUGCCCGGGCUCCCAAUGAGUUCAACCUGAAGGACUUCAACGUUGGGGGCUACAUCCAGGCCGUGCUGGACAGAAACCUGGCGGAGAACAUUUCCCGUGUCCUGUACCCCAAUGAUAACUUUUUCGAAGGCAAGGAGCUGCGUCUGAAGCAGGAGUACUUUGUGGUGGCCGCCACCCUCCAGGACAUCAUCCGCCGUUUCAAGUCUUCCAAGUUUGGCAGCCGGGAUCCCGUCCGCACCUCCUUUGACGCCUUCCCAGAGAAGGUUGCUAUUCAGCUGAAUGACACCCACCCCUCACUGGCCAUCCCAGAACUCAUGAGGGUCUUGGUGGAUAUUGAGAAACUAGACUGGGAGAAGGCCUGGGACAUCACGGUGCGGACCUGUGCCUACACCAACCAUACGGUGCUGCCAGAAGCGCUGGAGCGCUGGCCGGUCCACCUCUUUGAGACCCUCCUGCCGCGUCACCUGGAGAUCAUCUAUGAAAUCAACCAGCGCUUCCUUGAUAAAGUCUAUGCCAAGUUUCCCGGGGACCUCGACCGGAUGCGGCGCAUGUCCAUGGUGGAAGAGGGCAGCGUCAAACGCAUCAACAUGGCCCACCUCUGCAUUGUGGGAUCCCACGCUGUCAACGGAGUGGCCCGCAUCCACUCCGAGAUCCUGAAGGCCACCGUGUUUAAAGACUUCUAUGAGUUUGAGCCUCACAAGUUCCAGAACAAAACCAACGGCAUCACUCCACGCCGCUGGCUUGUGUUGUGCAACCCAGGGCUGGCUGAAAUCAUUGCUGAGCGCAUUGGAGAAGACUACAUCUCUGACCUGGAUCAGCUGAAGAGGCUCCUGAACUUUGUGGAAGACGAAGGUUUUAUCCGGGACGUGGCAAAAGUCAAACAGGAGAACAAGCUGAAGUUUGCUGCCUACCUGGAGAAGGAGUACAAAGUGAAGAUCAACCCCAACUCGCUCUUUGACAUCCAGGUGAAGAGGAUCCACGAGUACAAACGGCAGCUGCUCAACUGCCUCCACGUCAUCACCCUCUACAACCGAAUCAAGAAAGAACCCAACAAACCCUUUGUGCCACGGACAAUCAUGAUUGGAGGCAAAGCUGCUCCUGGCUACCACAUGGCCAAGAUGAUCAUCAAGCUGGUCACAUCUAUCGGAGACAUUGUCAACAAUGACCCUGUCAUCGGUGAUCGGCUCAAGGUGAUCUUCUUGGAGAACUACCGUGUCUCACUGGCUGAAAAAGUGGUCCCAGCAGCUGACCUCUCCGAGCAAAUUUCCACAGCUGGCACAGAGGCCUCUGGUACAGGGAACAUGAAGUUCAUGCUGAACGGGGCGCUCACCAUUGGCACCAUGGACGGAGCCAACGUGGAGAUGGCUGAGGAAGCUGGACAGGAUAACUUCUUCAUUUUUGGCAUGCAGGUGGAGGACGUGGAGGAGCUGGACAGGAAGGGCUACUGUGCCAAGGAUUACUACGACCACAUCCCUGAGCUGAAACAGGCUAUUGACCAGCUGAGCAGCGGCUUCUUUUCCCCCAAGCAGCCGGACCUCUUCAAGGACAUUGUCAACAUGCUCAUGUACCACGACAGGUUCAAAGUCUUUGCCGAUUAUGACGCCUACAUAAAAUGUCAAGAGAAAGUCAAUGCUCUUUACAAGAACACCAAGGAGUGGACCAAGAAGGCCAUCAGGAAUAUUGCCACUUCUGGGAAGUUCUCCAGCGACCGCACCAUCGCCCAGUAUGCCCGCGAAAUCUGGGGGGUCGAGCCUACCCGCCAAAAGAUUCCCGCCCCUGAUGAGCCCCGGCAGUGAGCGCCCCUGCAACUUCAAUGGGGCAGCUGCAAAUCAGUGGGUUUCCCUCCCCCCCACUUUCCAUCCAACUCCAAAUGUUCAAUCAUGCUUUGUCUAUGGGGGGGGGAGCACCAAGGAGGGAUUUUUUUUUCUGUUUACCCUUCCCCUCCCCUCCCCAUUUUAGAAUCUGCCCAUAGUAAGACAGAAGGGCAGGCCGUCAGCCCCCUGUCCCUCCCCGCACUCUGCUAUUUAUUUUAAUGGGGAUCCACAUCUUGCCCCCCACCCUUUCUACAGCCCUCUGCUUCUGAGGCCCUCCCUCGUUUGGAAGGUUCUCAGCAGGGGGGACAGGUGGCCACAGCCUCCCCCUUGAAAACGGGCUUCUCCGUUGCCAUUUUUAUUCUGAAGAGAUGUAUGGCGAAGAAGGGGCGGGGUGUGUGUAGGAUUUUACCUUCUCACCCACAAAGCAGCGCCUUACUCGUUCUGCCAAAGUGGGGAAGGAAGAGGCCUCCCUACUGGUUGAAUGAAUAAAUAACGGUUUUUAAAACUA